AUGAGACAUCUUCAUGUGGAAUGGCCUUGUCUUGCGGAGAUAUUGAUUCAAAACCAAGUGGCCAGAUUGGUAUUAGGCUAUUUAAUAUCACAGGGCUUUGACCAGACUUCAAGACGUUUCCUGAUUGAAUGUGAUUGCCUUGCAGAAUUCAGGAAAUUAAAGAGUAUGGGUCUAGAAUACCCAACAAAUAUCUUGGGGCUCAGCUUGAUUGAGAUACUAGAUAACUUUGGUUUCAUGAAGACACAAGCCCUGGAACGUUAUAACUUAGUUGCUUCCACGGAUACCUUGUGGCGUGAAAUGGAUUCCUGCAUUGAGAAGCUGAAGUACAGAAUGUUUCAAUCUAACUCACAUAAGGUUACUAUUCCCAAGAUUAGAACCCAGCGUAAAUUCCCAGACAGAAAUGUCAAAGUUCUUCCUGAGAAUAUUGGAGAAAUGCUACUAAAACAGGGAAAGAUUAUGUCUUCUAAACAGUUGGCACAAACCCUUAAGAAAGUUCAUGAAACUAAUAAAACGCAGGGACAGAAUGGACCUUUGAAAGAGAAUCACAUUGAAAAUGGCAGUACUGAUAUCCAUCCUGAACAAAAUGUGAACCUGAAUAAACAGGAUCUUUGGAGAGACCCGUCAAUUCCAGGGAAACAGUUACCAGAUGGUGUUAAAGAUGAAGCUUUUGUUGAGGAAAUUGAAGAACCAACACCAACUCUUGAAGAAAGCAUUGAGAAAGAUCAAAAUAGAAAGAAUGUCAUACACAAUAAUAAUAAUAAUAACAAUAAUAAUAAUAACAACAACAGCAAUGGGAAAAUAGCUCCUGCUGACAAACCCAAUGCUCCUCAUAACACAGAAUCCAUUUCUAGUCAAGCACCCAGUUGUUAUACACCUAAUGUGCAGAAUCCUUGCAAGGAAAACAGCCAAUCUGAUACAUUGAAUACACCUACUAGGGAUAAAAACACAUCAUUUUCCGAUUCUUUUACACCUACAAAGCAGUCUGAAUCUGAUUAUGCCAAGUCUAAAAGAAAACGGUUUCCCCCAGAGAAACGUUUUGUAGAUAUUGCUGUGCCUGGACCUUCCCAAGUACGUUGCGAAAGUGGAAACAGCCAAGAUAGUUGUCAUUUAAAAGAUCCAAUUCCAACUUUUGUUGAGAAAGUCAUCACUGAAACCAGCCUACCUGAAGUUCUGGCUAAGACUAUCAAUCGAAAGUUAUACGGUGAGGCCAAAAGUGAGAAUACAGCAAGAAGCAGUGAUAAUAAAAAUGUGGAAGAGGGACAGAAGGUAGAAUGUGAUAAACUAAUGGAUGAAAUCAUGCUGACCGAUUUCCAUAUGACCAAGAGUGAUAUUGAUGAGGUUAUUCAUCAAACCAGUUCUGCUGGAAUUCCUGUCCUUGAUGAUCUUCUUAAAUUAUUUGCUUCUGUUUCUGAGGAGAAAGAUACUCUUUCUGACGACGAGUGUACUGAGCCAGUCUAUGAUGGUGUAGAAUUUGAAGGACUAGAUUCCUGUUCCCAGUCAGGUCAGAACAAAGAAAUAAAACUGGUGACCUCAGAAGAUGACCUUUCUAAAUCUGAUCUCAAGACAAAUCAAAAUACUUGUGAGCUAAGUUCAUUGAACAAACAUCCAACAACAUUCCUUCAAGUGGUUGACAAACUGUGUUCAAGUGAGGCUUCCACAGACACUUCAUCAAAUCAAGCUAGUGAGGACCUAUCACUCAAAUCGUUUAACACAACUCAAGAUCAAGAACAAACCCCAGAAAACCCUACACCUAAAAUGCUUUUAGAUUCGAGUACCUUGUAUUACACAUGUGAUCUUGUUAAUAUUGAUUCACUGUUUCAGUUAAAGGAAAAAGUGACAUUGGCAGGUUCUACUGAUAAUUCUUGGACAAUUGAAAUGGUACCUGGUACAAAGGAAGAUAAAACUUUAGUCAUCAGUGAGAAAGCUGAAACUGGCCAUAAAAAGGUGACAAAAGGAAAUACUGGCAAGAAAUCAUCCAAUAAAUCACCUCGUCUUAAAACUAAGAACCCUGUUAAACGAAAACUUUAUGAUGCAUUUGAGGAUAAAGAGAUUUCAGGUCAGAAAAAUGUAAAUAAAAUCAAUCGGACAGACAUUGAUUUCUUACUAACGAAAUUACACCCAGAUUCCUUAGAUGGAUUUAAUGGAAACACAUAA